AGCGCUCGGCGCCCCGCCCCCUUUCGAACGCUCGCACAAGAUGGUGGCUGUCUCUGGGCGAGAGGCACUUGGAUGAGUCGCAACCAGAACCCUCCUGGUUCCAUCACGAAUGGCUUCCCUUCAUCCUCUCCCAGCUCUGGCCCUUCAGCGGAGGACUGGAGCGAGAGUUUUCUGCCGUUUGUGGACAGCCUGACAGCAAUGAUUGCGACUCGUAGGAAAAAGCUGGGCGGGAGGCCCUUGGCCGACACACGAGGGGGGACUAUCAAGGUGGACCUCCCCAAUCAGCAGAGGACGGUGGUGAAUGUCCGGCCAGGUACAACCGUCUACAACUCCUUAGAUAAGGCUCUGAAGGUGCGUGGCCUCAACCAGGACUGCUGUGUUGUCUACAAGAAAGCUGGUGAUGGACGAAAGACCAUCACAGAUUGGGAGACAGACUUAGUGAACCUGGAAGGGGCCGAGCUCUCUGUGGAAGUCCUGGAAAAUGUACCGCUUACGAUGCACAAUUUUGUCCGGAAGACCUACUUCCGCAUGGUUUUUUGUGAUUUCUGCCUUAAGUUCCUGUUCCACGGCUUCCGCUGCCAGACGUGUGGCUACAAGUUCCAUGAACAUUGCAGCAGCAGAGUGCCGACAGUCUGUGUGGACUUGGCAACGACCCACAAGCCUGUUUACAGCUACGACCCGUGGCAGUAUCCUCCACUGUGGUCAGAUAAUGCUUCCGCUGCCCUGAUCCAUGAACCUACAACCCCACAAGCCAACAGCUCGCACAAGCCGUCUCCCCUCAGCAAAGAUGCCUUCAGCUUCCCCAGCCUGUGUAGCGAUGGGCAGCUCCUGCAGCGACACCGCUCGACGUCCACUCCCAAUGUCCACAUGGUCAGCACCACCAGCCCCGUGGAGAACAGCAUCCUUGAGUUCAUAAGCAGGAGCCACAAUGCAGAGGGUGGGCUUGAACUGCCUCCUCGCACCCCACCAGCCACCCCAGUAUCCGGCAUGGCUGCUAUUUCUCCUGGCCGGCGCUCCCCGCACCCCAAAUCUCCCGGCGAGUCUCCAAGGGAUCGCAAGGCCCCUUCAGAAGACAAGAAGAAACCUAAAUCCUUGGGCUACCGGGACUCAAGCUAUUAUUGGGAGGUGUCUUCCAAAGAGGUGACCAUGCAGAAGCGGAUUGGGACCGGGUCCUUUGGUACUGUCUUCAAGGGUCGGUGGUAUGGGGAUGUGGCAAUAAAGAUCCUGAAGGUCACCAACCCCACCAGCGAGCAGGUGCAGGCCUUCAAGAAUGAGAUGCAGGUUCUCAGGAAGACGCGGCAUGUGAAUAUUUUGCUCUUCAUGGGGUUCAUGACCCACCCCAGCUUUGCCAUCAUCACCCAAUGGUGUGACGGUAGCAGCCUAUACCAGCACCUCCACGUGCAGGAGACACCCCUGGAAAUGGUGCAGCGGAUUGAUGUAGCCCGGCAAACAGCCCAGGGCAUGGACUACCUUCAUGCUAAGCACAUAAUCCACCGGGACCUCAAAUCUAACAACAUUUUCCUCCACGAAGGACUGACGGUGAAGAUUGGAGACUUUGGCCUGGCCACGGUGAAGACGCGUUGGAGUGGAUCGCAGCAGGUGGAACAGCCCGGUGGCUCCAUACUCUGGAUGUCACCUGAAGUCAUCCGGAUGCAGGAUCCUAACCCCUACAGCUUCCAGUCAGAUGUCUACUCCUAUGGAGUUGUCCUCUAUGAGCUGCUCUCUGGGAGCCUUCCCUACAGCCAUAUCAACAACCGGGACCAGAUUAUAUUCAUGGUUGGUCGAGGGUACCUGUCCCCUGAUGUCAGCAAAGUGCCCAGCAAUUGUCCCAAAGCUAUGCGCAGGUUGAUGGGCGACUGCCUGAAAUUCAAGCGUGAAGAGAGACCCCUCUUCCCUCAGAUUUUAGCUUCAAUUGAGUCUCUGCAGCACUCCUUGCCCAGGAUUGAGCGUAGUGCCUCGGAGCCCGCACUCCACCGGGUGGCCUGUGAUGAAGAAAUGACCUUCUUUGGCCUGCCGUCAGCUCAGCGGUUCCGCAGUUAAUGUGAUGCUUGUGGAACUGCUACCACAA